UUGUGGUCUCCAUUUGCCCUUACCCAUUUCAGAGCAUUCGUCUAUCUGAGCAACCUUUUGCAUAAUGUGCCAUUAGUUCAUAAAGUGGCUAUCGUCAAUGAGAAAGGAGAUGUCCGCGGGUACCUGAAAGUAGCAAUCGAGCCAGUAAAUCUAUUAGAAGCUGACACACAGAAGAAGGGUGUCCGUCAGACAGCGAAAUUGCAUUUCCGCAAAGAGGAUUUCUUGAAGACAUGCAGGAACGGCGAAAACGAAGAUGAAAGCCAGCAAUUGACGUUCCCACCACACAUGAACGAGGAUGAAGAGUUCUGCUUCCGAGUGGUUGUGCUACAAGCAAUCGAUGUCUCUGAGCAGUAUUCGGAUGUAUUCUGUCAAUUCAAAGACGCUAUUUCCAGUUUCCUCCAUCGUCAUGACGAAGCGUUCUCUACGGAGCCACUGAAGAACACUGGUCGAGCA